AUGUCCCUGCUGGCACAGGAGAUGGGCGCCGUCUGCUCCUUCUAUCAGUCGCCCAAGGGGCUGCAGAGCAGGGCUGCCACCCUGGAUUCACUCCUGGGAGAGCUCUCAGAACGCCACAGCCGGGCUGGACAAGCCCUGCUCCAGAGACACCUGGAUGAAGUGAAACGUUCCAACCUCAACCCAGAGCUGGCAGUGCCCAAACAGCCCCAACACUUCCUGGAAGAACUUCCCCAGCAGUUGUCCUUCUGCCUGCUGAGCUGGCAAAGCCCAGACUGUGACCUCAGCGAGCAGCAGAAACACCGCUGGGAAGUUGAGCAUUGCCCGGGCUCUGUGACUCGGAUGCUGCACGUCUCAGGGAUGAAGAUUGUAAAGCUGGAAGCUCUGAGACAGAAAUGUCUCUACAGAGUCCUGGAUCUCUACAGCCACCUCCAGGCUGCGGCUUGCCCAGAAGGUGUGAGCAGGAUCCUGAGCAGCUUCAGGUGCCAGAAUCCAGCUGAAGAAGUGGCCCGGGAGGUGGCUGAGAGCAGGGAGCAGCAGCAAGCAGCCAGAGCCGUGGAUUUCCUCCAGAAGCACCAUCAGGAGGGGGAUCUGCUGAAGGGGUUAAACGCAGAGGCAGAGGCUGAGCUGAGAAAAAUGCAGGCACAGUUCAGGCUGGAGCUUCAAACCCUGACAGAGGAGAAGGCCAGAGAAGGGGAGGUGCUGCAGGGGACGCGGGGACAGCCGUGUGGGGACCUGGUGGCCUACGCCCUGCUCGCCCAGAGCCACCUGCGGCGCGCGGUGACUGCGCUCCAGGACUGCCAGCGCCUCCGCGGCACCGCCCUGCGCGCCCGAAGGGAGGGCACAGGCCUGGGACACCUCGUGGACUCAGCACUGGAUGAUGAGAGCGGGGACGUUCUGCAGCUCCUGAAGGACGACACUGAAUAUUUAUUUUUAGUGCUGGAAUUUCUACAGGCUGGAAGGUUCUUAGAGCUGAGAGAAACCCACUUCAAGGAAAUGAUCAGAAGCUUAAAAUGCUGCAGGCAGGAGAAGUUUGUGGAAGAUGCAAACGUCACAACCAAAGAAGUGAAAAAAUUCAGAGAGGAGAAAAUGAGAGAGCUGAAGGAAGAGCUGAAGCAAUUCCUGGAAAAGAAAAAAACUGAGAAUAUUUCCAGUAGCUUUGAUCCAUUUCAGAGUUUGAGGAAGGAUUGCCCCGAGAGGAAUUCUUCCCCGGCAGAGGAUUUCCAGCUGCACUGGCUGAAGCUGAGCGGGAGCUCGGCAGGAGAGAAGAGCGGGGAGCUGCAGCAGGAGAGGGAACCCCCACCCCAGUGCCGGGGGGCACUGCCAGGGCCACAGCGCGGGCCAGGGGAGCAGCUCCAGGGGUUCCUGACCGCGGGUAUCAAGGUGCUGAAGCAGGCAGAGCACCUGAUGGCAUCGAGGAUCACCCUGCUGAACCCUCAGCAUGGGUUUGGGUUCCGGGGGAAAAGCUCCUCUUUGCUCCUCGGCCUCCUGCAGGAGGUGAACGACGAGCUCCGAAGUCACGCAGCAGCAGCUGGGCUGGGACACAGCCAAAGGCUGGAGAAAACAGAAUCACACAACAAGAAGUGGCUGAUGAAGAAAAAACAGAAUUUCCUUCACCUCCUGAGCAGCAGUGGAAGGGACAGCCUUGGACAGAAGGCACACCUUGAGGAGGAAACUGCGAGCUCCUUUUCCCCUUCAGAGCUGGAGGAUAAAGUGGACGCAUUAACUGAGGAGCUGGUGCAGAUUCUAGAGGAUGAAGAGCAGUUUUUAAGCAGUGAAGGCAAUGAAGAUCUGCUCUCUUAUUACCUGGAAAUAACCAGCUUGGAGAAGGAGAGUUUGCCCAGGGGCUCCUUAAAUCAGGAGGGAAAGCAGUGCAGGAAUGGAAGUGGCAAGACAGAAAUGACAUUUCUGGCCACAUCCAAGUGCUGAGAAGAAAUAUUGCUGCAAAAGCCCAGAGUCCAAGUUUCCAGGAACAGGAGCAGAAAAUAGAACCACUCAAC